CACUUUACCUUCAAACUAAACAUCCCUGAAUCAAUCAAUCUACAAAUUUGAGAAUCAAUUGGAAGAAAAAAAAGGCUAAUUUUCCAUCUUAUUCAGAGUAGAUUGUUAUUGAUUGAUUCAUCUUGUGUGGCAAAAGAGAUAGAGAGAUGGAUUGGGAUAGCGUAGCUGCGGGGGAUGUGGUAGAGGCGCUAAGAGAGGUUGAGUGGUCGACGAGUCCUCGUUCCGUGGCAGAGUUCUUCUCCAGAUUCGCCUUCCCUCGCUCUUUCUCUAAAUGGAUGAGCCGCCUCAAAUGCAAUCUCUACUACUAUAGGACGAAUUACUUCAUCCUGCUGGUUUUCGUUCUGGGUCUUGCACUUAUCACCCGACCUCUUGCCAUCAUUGGUGCUGCUCUUACUGCCUUGAGCUUAGCUUUCCUUAACGACAGCUUUGCAGCUACUUUCAAUGAAAAGGCUAUCCGGACCAUAAGGCAAUUCUCGCCGCAUUUAGCUGCAAAGAUGAGGCCUCCCCACAUGCCUGUCAUUCGCGGGCGAUCUGCGUCUAGAAAGACGGUGUACGUUUGUGGCCAACCACGUUUGGUGUUCGUGUUGCUGGGAUUAACCGCUAGCUUUGUCUUGUGGUUUACUUCCUGCGGUUUGUUAUGGGUCCUUUAUGCACUUGCCACUGCUCUUCUCCUGAUCAUGCUUCAUGCGAGUCUGAGAACUCCGAACCUCAAGGCACGCUUGAACACAUUCCGUGAAGAGUUCAGGGCUGUGUGGCGUAACUACAGUGAACUUUAAAGUCAACAAGAAGCUUUCAAGCUUGAAGCUAAACGAAAGUUUCUAGUUAGCGCAUAAAAUUCCAAGCCAUUCCUUCAUGUGCGUGGAAAACAAUCAAAGUUAUUCUCAUCGUGUAGCUAGCUAGUAAAUUGUAAAGCCACUUUGUCUGGUUAGUUGAGUAGAAUCACAGGGUUGGUUGAUAAAUCGAUAUAGUGUUGUGUGCUCUUAAGGUUCAUUGUAAUGCUUCUGCUGCUCAACACCAAGUCUAUGUAUCCAUGGUUCAUACUCUUUUAGUCUUUACAUUGUGUUAGUGAUUCAGCUUUUCAAUACA